AUGUCUAAACAAGAAGAAAGUGAAGAAAAUUGGAUUGCAGCAAUGGACAAUCUGUGUUCGAAGCUAAACGUAGACCCUUUGGCUGCGCAAUCAUCAAAACUAUCUUUUUCACAAAUAAAAAGAAACUAUACAUUAGACGGAGAUAUGUUACAUUGGAUGGCAUGUGCUUUAUAUGUAGCAUGUCGUACUUCAAUUACUCCUACUGUGCAAUCGGGAAAGGCUGUAGAGGGAAACUGUGUUAGCCUUACGAGGCUUCUCAGACUAAGUAAUAUAAGCCUUAUACAAUUUUUCAAUAAAAUUAAGAAAUGGAUGGAAAUGGCUCUUAUGUCAACUGAUUUUAAAGACAGAAUAACUAGGUUAGAACAUAAAUUUGCAGUUUCAACUGUAUUAUUUCGAAAAUUUCAACCAAUUUUUCAGGAAAUAUUUUCUGGGUUGACUAGUGAACCAGUUAAAACAAAUACAAAAAGUAAAAAGCAUAAAUUACAUCCAUGUACAACCAAUGCACUGUUUGAGUUUACUUGGUGUUUAUAUGUAUGUGUGAAAGGAGAGUUUCAUAAUUCCGCUCAUGAUUUGGUAGAUAUGUACCAUGUUUUGCUAUCAUGUCUUGACUUUGUUUUUGCUAAUGCUUUUAUGGCAAAACGAAUUGACUUGAUCAAUCCAUCUUUCAAAGGUUUGCCUGCCGAUUGGCUAAAGCAUGAUUUUGAAUUACCUAAAAAACCACCUUGUAUUAUAUCAAUAUUAUGUGAAAUCAUGGAGGGCUUAGCAGUUGAAGCUGGCACUAUGAAAGAGUACAGUUGGAAACCAGUUAUAAAAACUUUUUUUGAAAAAUCAAUUUUAAAAGGUAGUAGUGAUGAGCUCACAGGUGUAUUAGAUAUUGGGAACUUUGAUGUCAAUCUCAAAUCAUUGAACAAUCUUUAUGAAACAUAUGUGCUCAGUGUUGGUGAAUUCGAUGAAAGGAUAUUUUUAGGUGAACAUGCGAAUGAACAAAUUGGAACUAAAAAUAAAGUUUCUGGAGAUGAAAUAUCACAAGUUAUUGAAUCUUUUGGCCCAAGCGGCCGCGCGUGCCCCGACACGCCGCUGACGGGGCGGCACUACCUGGCGCGGCGCGAGGAGCUCACGCCGGUGUCGGCCGCCACCAACAGCGUGGCGCGGCUGGCGGCGCUGCUGCGGCACGCGCGCGCCGCGCCCUCGCCGCACCUCGUGCGCUUCUUCGUUGACUGUGGCGUAAGUGAAGAGACAAUAAAUACAAAGGUGAUACAACCCUGUAAUGGAUGGAUGGAACAGUUCUCUAGAUACCUAAGAGAAAAUAACUGCAGUAAUGAAACUAUUGCUUGUAGGUGCAAUAUGGUCACUUGUUUAUAUUAUAAAGUGUUCGAACACAUCAUCAGAGAGGAACAUAGGAAAAAGCCUCAACUAUCUUUACAAGUUUUACUAUCACAAGAAACGUACCAGCUGACAGUGUACGCGUGCUGCACGGAGGUGGUGCUGCAGGCGUUCCGAGUCAACUCGCUACGUUUCCCCUGCGUGCUGCAGAUAUACGGCCUCAGCGCAUUCCACUUCUACAAGAUCAUCGAGCUGGUCGUCCGUGCCAUGUUCGAUAAGCUGAGUAGAGAUGUCAUCAAACACCUUAAUGCUGUUGAAGAACAAGUAUUGGAGUCACUUGUCUGGACAUCAGACAGUCCUUUGUGGGAUCAGCUCAGCAGGACCCCAGUACCUGCCUCUACAGAAGUAUAUGUGCAGGAAUCGCCCAAUAGUCGUAGAAAUAUAAAUCAAAUAAAUGGCUUACAAUCACCAGUACCAGAGAUCGACCGAUUUCUCGCGCCGAUGGCGGACCAGGCGAAAAAGCAACUUUUCAAAGACAAUAUUAGACCCGGUCAGUCACUUUUAGUAGCAACAAAUAAUAACACAUCAGAGGCCGCCACACCUCAACCCAGCACGUCCACGUCGAGCGCAGAAAAUACUCCCAACACCACUCCAAAGAAGGCUAAUAACUCAUUAAUACUCUUCUUUAGAAAGUUUUAUAGUUUAGCGGUAGUGAGAAUGAAUGACCUCUGCACCCGUCUCGGUCUUCGUGACGAAGAAUUAAAAAAGAAAAUAUGGACUUGUCUCGAGUACUCCAUCAUGCACCAGACCCAGCUGAUGAAAGACCGCCAUCUCGACCAGAUACUCAUGUGUGCUGUGUAUGUUAUAUGCAAAGUCUCCAACACAGCAACCAAUCAAGUGGAAAGAACAUUCACGGAUAUCAUGCGCUGCUACCGGCAGCGGCCGCUCGCUGACAACCUUGUUUAUAGAACUGUACUCAUUAAGAGUAAUGAUGAAGAAUCCCCAGAGAGAGGAGACUUAAUAAACUUCUACAAUAAAGUAUAUGUGAAGUGUAUACAGUCAUUCGCGUUGAGAUUCACGGGGAGGCAUAGAGAUGAGCAGUCGCUGUCGCCGCUGCCGGCGGGGCGCGCGGCGCUGUGCGCGCGCUCGCCGGGCGGCCAGCGCGUGUCCGAGCGCCACCAGCUGUACGUGAAACCGCUCACCACGCCGCCACACCACCAGCCCCACCUCACGUACCGGUUCAGUCGCAGCCCUGCUAAGGACCUGCACGCGAUCAACACGAUGGUGUCGUGCGACGUGGGCGUGGGUGUGGGGCUGAAGCGCGCGGCGGACGAGGGCGACGUGGUGAAGCGCGCGGACGCGGACAUGAAGCGUGCGCGCUACGGCGGCGUCGCGCGCAAGCUGCAGGGGCUCGUCAGUGACCGGCAGGCGGUA